AUGAUUGAACAUAUCCACUUUAUGAGGAAAUUGAGAAGAUAUAUCAAGAAGGGAUUAGCCAGUGAACAACCAGAUGAGGCAGCGAAAGAACAGUUCUUUGUAGAGGUGAAAGAAGAUUUGAUGCAAAUGAGCAAGAUAUAUUACAAACCGUUUUGCCCCCCUGAAUACCAAGAUGCAAAUCCUGAGUUCAACAAACUGUUCUAUCUCAGAGGUUCGGCCCUACAUUUCAUCAACCAGAGGAUUGGCACAGACUACACAGAACUGUUUGGCAACGAAUUCCAGAGCUAUAACCGCGGUUCGGCUGGUUUUGGAGCCCUCUAUCAGCUUCCCCAGCUGCUCAAGAACAGCUCACAGUGGAGAAAUCUGCUCCUGUACCACACCAAUUAUGCAUCCAAAAGUAUGACAAAUGGAGGCCCAUCGCCCCAUGCAGUAUCUGCCAUUGCAGGAUUGGGGAUGGCCCAUUUGAAAAAGAUGAGGGACAAUUUCGAGGCUCAGGAGAAAUUGAUGGCUGGACAUGAGGGCAAGGAGAUUGUGCAGUUUGAGUAUUACAGAGUGUUGGUUGAUAGCCACAGAAAGAUGAUUGAUGGCGUACCCAAGUUGGAGCAGGAAAUCAAGUCCUUGGGUAGUCAUUCUGAGGAAGCAGAUGCAAAUUGGUGA